AUGUUUUCAAUCAGAACUCAUUUGGGCCAUCUUUUAAAGGCUGGUGAUUUAGCUCUUGGUUAUGACUUGUAUGGUGCUAACUGUAAUGACAUUGAAUUGGACAAGUAUAGAGGACAUAUUCCUGAAGUGAUUUUGAUAAAGAAGAGUUAUGAAGAGAUACGCCAGAAGACACGUGGGAAGCCUCGUUCUUGGAAGCUUAAAUCACUUCCCAUGGAGGUUGAUGAUAAGGUUAGAGUUGAACUGGAUCAUGAACAAUUCUUAAACGAUUUAGAAGAAAAUUCUGAUUUGCGGUCCAACAUACCUUUACACAAAAAUAAAGAAUAUCAGCCAUCAGAGGUGGUAUCUCUAACGGACGAUGAAAAACUUCUAAUGGAGAAGUUGAUGGCUUUUAAUCUCUAUGAGGAUGAAUAUGAGGAGGAUCACAUGGAAGAAUAA